UGAGUGCUGACCGAGAAGCAUGCAGCAGUUUUUUUCUUUAUGUGUUUGAUGCGGCGGCUGGCGCUGAAUGCGGUCUGUAUUUGGAGAGCAUACGCUUUUUAUUGACUUGGAUUAGGAGGGAUUGUAAACUCUUUCAUCUCUGGGAUUGUCAGUUACUUUUUGCUGUUGCCGACUGCGGUGGUGCGACGCACUCAGCAGAUUCAAGCAGAGAGGGGAAUGGUAGACCGAAUGAUGGCAAUGAACCAUGGACGUUUCCCAGAUGCUGUGAAUGGGCAUCAGCACUCCGCGCGCAGGAUGGGAAUGGGACAGUUUUCCAACGCGCUUCCACAGCAACAACACUAUAACGUUAUCAUGGGAGAUCACAUGCAUUACGCGGGAGGGAAUGUAAACGCAAACCACGGGAUCCGGCAUUCCAUGGCCUCUGGGAAUAACAUAAACGGAGGGAUCCCCAAUGGCAACUUGCCUGCCCGCUUUAACUCCCAGUUUGUCGGACAAGGGCAGCAGCUCGCUGCCAGCAUGCAGUUGCAGAAGCUCAACACGCCUUACUACGGUCACCUCACGCAUCCUUCCCAUCAUCACCAUUACAUGCACGAACUGCACCCCGCCAGCCACCAGUUAAACGGGACAGGACAGCAGUUCCGAGACAGUAACGCUAAGCAGAACGCGUCUGGGGUUCCUCUGCCUGGCCACCACAUGCCUGCAGCAAUGCUGCCCCCCAACGUUAUCGACACGGAUUUUAUUGACGAGGAGGUCUUGAUGUCACUGGUGAUAGAAAUGGGCUUGGACCGAAUAAAGGAGCUGCCAGAGCUGUGGCUGGGACAGAACGAGUUCGAUUUCAUGACAGACUUUGUUUGUAAGCAACAGCCCAGCCGAGUGAGCUGUUAAUCUCACGACUUUUUCCCGUUUUUGUUCAUUCUCUGGCUUUUUUUUUUUUUUUUUAAUGAGGUAUUACUGGUGUGUUUUCUUGGAUCCGUAAAUCACAGGGUUCCCACAGUCCUGGAUAUAUCAGGGAAUUUCAAAAGGGUGAUUUUCAGGCCUGAAAAAGUCAUGGAAAUUUGUGUAGUCAAUAUCAAUUUUUCUCUGGUUAUCCUCAAGUAAAUCUUAGGCUAAAAAUGAAUGUGAUCUUUAUAUCUUUAAAAAAACAAUCCUUCAAAUUGCAAAUGACUGGAGAAGUCAUGAGCAAUAUCAUAUAAAUUCGGUGGUCAGAAAGUGUGGGAACCCUGAAAUCCAAAACGAAAAACCCACAAAACACAACAGCCGUGGAAGUGAAUCUUUCAAGAGCAAACUUUUAUCAGCUGGUUCAUGCCAUUAUGUAACAGAAAUGGAUUUGUUUUGCAUGAGGAUGGCUUGGACACCCAAGAGUCAUGCUAUGCAUCACAUACACAGGGGCUGGAGAGUGAGAAAAGCAACACAAAAAAAAGCCAAGAAAGUCUGUUUAGUAUUAAUGUAGCAGGCAAAAAAAACAACAAAAAAAAACAUGUUUUGUUCCUUCAGACCUCCAGUGAUAUCAGAUGUCAGUUAAUGCAUAUUCUAAAUAAUGUUGGUGGUUAUGUGACAUGAUUGUAGAUAAUAGUGUGUAAUUGUCUCAAUCAGCAUUGUACUAUAAACUUUAUUGGCCAUAUUUACCAGAACCCUGUGCUGCUCAGAGAUUCACUGAACUGUGAGCAGAUGCUUCAAGUUGUUCUUCUCUCCACCCUUUCCACAUCUUCUCAGGCCUAUGUUGCCUCCAUGAUGCUUGUGUGUAUAUCAGAGCCUAAAAACAUCUAUUGAAGUGAUAUGAAUGUGAGCGAGAGUCCGCAUUUACCGGUUACUCUAUAUGCUUAAUUGAGUACAGUGUAUCGAAAAGACAUUCCGAUCCUGAAUGUCUUAGUCUGGAAUGUUGUAAAGGAAGGGAAUGUGGAAAUAUCCCAACGCAGAAGAGUUUCAUCUUCAUCGGUUUUCAAAAUAGAUAGACCACUGUGCUAUAGUAUGCGGUACAUGGCAAUACUACUGUGUUGAGGCUUUCUAGGAAAGUUUUACAGUAUUUUUGUAUAUUUUUAGAGAAAAAAAAUGUUAAUUUAUUAUAUUUUAAUUUGCAAACAUGAAUAAAGCAGCAGAGGCUCAUUACUGAA